AUGCCCAACCUCUGCAUCGACUUGAGCCGAUGGAGCUGCAACGCCUCAACGGUCUACGACGGCGAUAUCUUGAAAUGGUUGCUUCGCCACGCCCUUUAUAGCUCUGUUGAAACCGUCGUCCACCCUCUCAGUCACAGUGCUUUCAACGACUAUCCUCAAAUUCUGUUCAGGCUCCACUGGCAUCAUAAAAUCAACAUAGGUAAUGUUUGGGGUUCGGGAACCGGGUAUAUCAUGGGCCUUGCUGGAAGAUGCCAUCCUGCCGGGCUGACUCUCGGCCCCAGUAAGGCUCGCCACACUGGAUUCCUUGCGCAAGAACAAGGGGAGAUGAUGUGGAACUCACUUUCGCGUGAAACUGCCGAAUUUCUGUUGAAACAGGAACUGGGUCAUGUGUUCCAUCUCGAUUUUGGAGGUGUUGCGAGACGGCGAAUUCGAAUCUAUGAAACGUGUCCCGGUUUCGUUUAUCCGUCCAUAUCUACAAGACAUCGCUCUUGCUCAUUUCCAGCGCUGAGACGACAUAGUUUCAUCCACAAAACCGGCGCAUGGGACCCUAAACGCUCCAUGCGAAGUGUCGAGUACUUUAGAAUGGUAGUAGCACGAAAUUGGCGCCGUCGUCGUCCACAUAUCUUGAGGCAGCCGUACUUCUCCCCAACGGCGACUCCUGCGGAGCAUGCACAUCAUCAUCCGACGGCACAAAUUGCGGCCCACCUUGGGCAAAAUGCAGAGCACCUUGGCCACAGAAGCCAGUCAAACACCAUGAGGACUGUCAUGGGGAGGAUGCAUAUCAUUGUCCACUGGCUCAAAGUGUGGGGCACCUUGUAA